CAUAAUCUACUACUUUCGCCAAACACACAUCCCUUGGUUUCUCUAAUUCAUCUCCAUGGUUCCAGAGUUCCAGAAACCUAGAGUCACAGAGAUACAUGUCCGAAUGGACUGUAAUGGAUGUGUGCAGAAGAUUAAGAAAGCACUCAGUGGCAUAAAUGGUAUAUAUGAUCUCUAUAUAGACUUCCCACAACAAAAAAUAACAAUUAUUGGGUGGACAGAUCCAGAAAAAAUUGUUAAAGCAAUCAAGAAAACAAGGAAGAUAGCCACCAUAUGCAACAUUGAACCAACCGAGUCACCAUCUCAACUACCAGAACUAUCAUCAUCUCAACCAAAAGAACCAGAACCUGAAGGAAAUGCACAACCCUCUGAAGCAACACAACCACAACCCACAGAAACUCCACCAGUUCAAGCAGGACCCCAAGAGGAACCUCCAAAAGACACAUCACCUCAUGAACAGCCACCACAUGAGACAACACCAUCACCAACACACACACCUGCUGAGGAUAAUCCAAACCAGCAAUCACCAAGCACUCCAAGAACAAAGGAUGUAGGAGAGGUUCAUGUGAUAUACCACAACCCACCUAACCAUGGAAACAGAUUUGGUCCUGCCCACAACUUUGUUGGACACUGGGGGCAAAGAUACCAUAAUAUCCCAACAUUUCUUCAAGAACCACCCCAACCAGUGUAUGUGACACACAGCUAUAAUACAUAUAGGCCAUCACCUUAUGUCACUGAAUAUGAGUAUGCAAGGUCACCACCAAGACACACACAUUACUACCAAAAUGGUAAUGGAAACAUCACAUCCAUGUUCAGUGAUGAAAAUCCAAAUGCGUGUAGAAUAGUAUAAAAGAAAAUCAAGAG